GUAAAAAUCAAGUUUGUGGUAUAUUUAAGGUUUUGAUCAAUGUCAGGUAGGGGUGUUUCCGAACAGUGCUGGACAAAAGGGCCUUGGACACCUGAGGAAGAUAAGCUCCUAACUCAAUGUGUAAGCCAAUAUGGUGACGGAAGAUGGAGCUUUGUUGCCAGGUCCUCAGGGUUGAAUAGGAAUGGAAAGAGCUGCAGAUUAAGGUGGGUGAAUUAUUUGAGGCCCGGUCUCAAAAGAGGCCAUAUAACGCCUCAGGAGGAAGGAAUUAUCAUUGAACUGCAUGCCCUCUGGGGGAACAAAUGGUCCACCAUAGCUAGGUACCUGCCCGGAAGAACAGACAAUGAGAUAAAAAAUUACUGGAGAACCCAUUUCAAGAAAACAGGCAAGCCUUUCAAAAGCAAGAAAAGAAGGAAAAACUUAGCCAAAAGCAACAUAUUCUGGAAGAAGGAAAUGGUGGAAAUAAAGACUCUCCUAUGCAAGCAAAUCCCACUUGUGAUGACAAUAUAUCUGAUCCACAAAGCAAGCAAGAAACAGUAAUUACCUACCCAACUGUGGAUAACCUGUUCUUGCCAAUCAUGUAUCAAGACAUUACAUCAUGUUCAGAUAU